AUGGGACUGGCCCUCACCGAGGAGGUUGAGAUUGAGGAAUCGAUGCAAGAGGGAAACCAGCCGUCGCAAGGAACACCGGAUGGAGAGGGAAAGGAGGGUUGCGGUGGGAAGGAUGAAGUAGAUGGAUACACGACAAAGUCCCUUCGGAUCCACGUUGAAAACCUCCCCCCCUCCGCAUACGCCGUCAACGCAGAACAGCUCGUCGGCCCAUCCCACCUCCCGUCGGAGGAGGAGCAAGAAAAGUACCUAUCAGGUCGACCUCGAGCAACUCCACAGCACCUAGGAGUUGCCCUCCAACAUGCGCACCAGAUUCAGGCUCAAAAAGAUGCCGAGAACAUGAUCCUAGAUCAAAUUAUCGAACUGCUCAUGCUACCCACCUCUCCAACCGCUGACCCCGCCGCGCCUUCGACUGCAGAUGCCCACGCUUUUAAAUCUGCCCUCCAUAUGUUCGGAACUGGCGACUACGAUAAUUUAAUCAUGGAACGGAAUAACGAGGGUCUCUGUGGCUACGGUCUCUGCCCGCGCGAGUAUCGCAACCAAAGAGGGAGGAAUCAAACGUUCCAAUUCAAAUGGGGAGCUAAGGGCAGUGGACCCGGUGGUCGAGGGCGCAGCAUGGACAUCGUGCCACGUGAAAAGUUGGAGAAGUGGUGCUCCGACGAGUGCGCAGAGAGAGCUCUCUUCCUUCGCGUACAGCUCACUGAGCAACCCGUGUGGGAGAGGCGGGGUGGUGAGGGCCGCAGCACGGGCAUUGAGCUACUGGAAGAAGCCCGUGCUAGACAGCCAAGACGAAGGACCGAGGGCUCUACAUCUGCUGCGGCUGUAGCAGCGGACCUGAAUAAGUUGAAUAUCCAGGAUCCCGAGCGUGCGCACGAACUCGCCAUGGAGCGUGGUGAUACAAGUCUGCCAUUCCGCGGGGGACGUGUGGAUGUCCAAAUCAAGGAAAACGAACAAAGCAGCACUCCCUCCGCAAGUGCUCCGCAAUGGCGGCCAGAAGAUGCCAAGGGAGGCUCCAUUGAAGGAUAUGUCCCCCAAGACCGGCGAGACAAGGACGCAAUGGACCUGGACCAGGGCGAUUUGCUUGACCAACUCUAG